AUGUCCAAGAGCCUGAAGAAGAGGAAGAACCACUGGACGAACAAAGUCCACGAGAGUGUCCUUUGCAGGAAUGAGGAGGGGGAGCUGGGGCUGGAGUUGAAGGGCGGCGCAGAGAAUGGACAGUUCCCGGUCGUCGGCGAGCUUCUCCCGGGCAAAGCGGGCUGCCACAGCGGCAAACUCUACCAGGAUGAACUCCUGCUGGAAGUCAAUGAUACCCCGGUGGCUGGACUCACCACCAGGGACGUCCACGCUGUGGUCAAACACAGCAAAGACCCCGUCCGGAUCAAGUGUGUCAAACAAGGGGGCGUGAUAGACAAGGACCUGCGCCACUACCUCAACCUGCGCUUCCAGAAAGGCUCGGUGGACCACGAGCUGCAGCAGAUCAUCCGGGACAACCUCUACCUCCGCACCGUCCCCUGCACAACCAGGCAGCCCAAGGAAGGAGAAGUCCCAGGGGUGGAUUAUAAUUUCGUGACCGUUGACCGGUUUAUGGAAUUGGAGAAAAGCGGAGCCCUUCUCGAGAGCGGAACAUAUGAAGAUAACUUCUACGGUACUCCGAAGCCUCCGGCCGAGCCCAGCGCUCUGCUGCUAAAUGUAACGGACCAGCUGCUGCCGGGCGCCAGACCCACCUCCGAGGGCAAGAGGAAGCGUAACAAGUCUGUCAGCAACAUGGAAAAAGCCAGCAUCGAGCCCCCUGAGGAGGAGGAGGAGGAGAGACCCAUCGUCAAUGGCAACGGUGUUGCUGUCACCCCAGAGUCGAGUGAACAUGAGGACAAGAGCACAGACGCUUCGGGGGACAUCGCGCCGCAGAGCAACCCGGCGGAGAUCCCGGCCGAGGCGCCCAAAGACGACGGAGUGUCCCCGAAGGUCAUGGUACCCAAGCCGGAGGAGAACGACGAGCUAGGGCCGCUGCCAGACAACUGGGAGAUGGCGUACACCGAGAAAGGAGAGGUCUACUUCAUAGACCACAACACCAAGACAACAUCGUGGCUGGACCCGAGGCUAGCCAAGAAGGCGAAGCCGCCCGAGGAAUGCAAAGAGGAUGAGCUUCCGUACGGCUGGGAGAAAAUCGAUGACCCCAUUUACGGCAGCUACUAUGUCGACCAUAUAAAUAGAAGGACCCAGUUUGAGAACCCAGUCCUGGAGGCUAAAAGGAGACUCCAGCAGCAGCAGCAGAUGCAAAGCCAGGGUCUGUCCUCACUGCCCCUUCCCACCAUCUACAGAGAGAAGCCGCUGUUCACGCGGGACCCCACUCAGCUGAAAGGCAGUUUUUUGUCCACAUCACUCCAGAAGAGCAGCAUGGGCUUUGGCUUUACUAUUAUUGGAGGCGACGAGCCCGAUGAAUUCCUCCAGGUCAAGAGCGUUAUCCCUGAUGGGCCUGCCGCAGCUGACGGGAAGAUGGCCACAGGUGAUGUCAUUGUCUACAUCAACGACGUGUGCGUCCUGGGCACCACCCACGCUGACGUGGUCAAACUCUUCCAGUCGGUGCCAAUUGGCCAAAGCGUCACCCUAGUCCUGUGUCGUGGUUACCCUUUGCCCUACGACCCAGAGGAGGCCGCCAACACCAACAACAACACCACUGCCACCACCAUCAUCUCCCCGCUGGGCAUCAUGGAGCAGCGGCCCAUCAUGGUGAACGGCAGGACGGGCUACGACAACUACCUGGACUAUCUCUCCCGCACGGCGCGCUUUGUCACAGACCCCAGUCAGGACCAGGUCAACAACGCCCAGCAGCAGCUGCUCACCCCUCACCCGGGCGACACCCACCUGGACGGCUCACUCCCUCCCACCACUGGCACCACGCCGCCUGACAGCGUCUCCAUGGCGUCAUCGGGGGCGACCCAGGGGGAACUACUGACCCUGACCAUGGUGAAGGGCAUGGAUGGUUUUGGCUUCACCAUCGCGGACAGCGCCACGGGCCAGCGAGUCAAACAAGUGCUGGAGCCUCUGGGCUGCCCGGGCCUGUGCGAGGGGGACCUGAUUGUGGAGAUUAACAAGCAGCCCGUGCAGGGAUUGACACACACCCAGGUGGUGGAGCUUCUCAAGGAGUGUGGCGUGGGAGUCGAGACCUGCCUGGUGGUUCAGAGAGGAGGAGCAGGUCACUAUUCACCCUGGAAGACCCCUAAGCAGGUGCUGGAGCAGUGGGAGUCCCAGCAGGGCCAGAGCAGCCCCGCUCAGACCAGCCUGUCAGCCCCCGUUAUCCCCCACAGCGCCCCCUUCCCAACCCACCAUCUCCACAGGGCCUCUGUCCCAGACUCAGCCUCCGAGGCCUUGGCCCUGGCUAAACCAGACCCCUAUGACCUUUAUGAGAAGUCCAGGGCUAUCUAUGAGAGUAGGCAACCUGGCCAACCAAGGACUGUUUUUCCUGCGGACUCCUCAGCUCCAGGAGCCGAGUACCAGGACAUGGAGGUGCACCUGCGCAGACAGAAGUCCGGCUUCGGUUUCCGGGUGCUGGGCGGGGACGAGGCAGGCCAGCCUAUCUUGAUCGGCGCCAUCAUCGAGAAGAGUCCAGCGGACCUGGAUGGACGCUUGCGGCCCGGUGAUGAGCUUUUGUUUGUGGAUGGGAUCCCGGUGGUGGGGAAGCCGCACAGAUACGUCAUCGACUUGAUGCACGGGGCGGCGCGCAACGGCCAGGUGAAUCUGGUCAUCAGGAGGAGGGUGCAGGCAGCAGGUGAGUCCUGUCCAGAGAACGGCCGUAGCCCUGGCUCUGUCUCCACGCAGCACAGCUCCCCCCGCAGUGACUUCACAUAUGGCAACAGCACCAUCACUACCCAGGCACCCAACGCCGGCAUGGGCAACACCACCGCCCCUUCAGACAGGACGUCGACCCCCAACACACAACCCAGCGAUGUCAUCAUCAAUCGGAAGGAGAGCGAAGGCUUCGGCUUCGUCAUCAUCAGCUCGCUCAACCGACCCGAAGUGGCCGCCACCAACACUGUGCCCCAUAAAAUUGGCCGCAUCAUCGAGGGCAGCCCGGCCGACCGCUGCGGGAAGCUGAAGGUGGGAGACCGGAUACUGGCAGUGAACAGCCAGUCCAUCGUCAACAUGCCGCACGCCGACAUCGUUAAGCUGAUCAAGGACGCGGGCCUCAGCGUCACCCUGAGGAUCAUACCGCAGGAAGAGGUCAGCAAUCCCCCAUCAGCCCCCAGCUCGGAGAAGCAGAGCCCCCUGGCCCAGCAGCACAGCCCGAAGAUCCAGCCAAGCGCCGCCGGGUCACAGCCCAACCCGGCGUUGACAGACCCCAACCCUUCUGUGAACCAACCCAACCCCAUGCCGCACCAGAGCCCUGUGACCCAGCUGCCCGCCCCCCCACCACAGACCUACACCCACGAGAGCAGUUACAGGUCAGAGGUGAAGGCGAGGCAGGAUGUCAAACCAGACAUCAGACAGCCGCCGUUCACAGAUUACCGACAGCCGCCGGUGGACUACCGGCACCCUCCUGUGGCGGACUACAGGCAGCCUCCCACGCUGGACUACAGACACCCACCGCUGCUCGACUACAGACAGCUAGCUACUGACGCCAGGCAGUUCACCAUCCCAGAAUAUCGAAUGCCACCAGUUCAACUGGCACAGGACUUCGACUUCUUCACGGUGGAGCUGGAGAAAAGUGUGAAAGGCUUCGGUUUUAGCAUCCGCGGAGGGCGGGAGUACAAGAUGGACCUAUUUGUCCUACGGCUGGCAGAGGACGGACCGGCCAUCCGCAACGGGAGGAUGAGGGUUGGCGACCAAAUCAUUGAGAUCAACGGAGAGAGCACCCGGGACAUGACCCACGCCAGGGCCAUCGAGCUGAUCAAGUCUGGAGGCCGGCGUGUCCGUCUGCUCCUGAAGAGGGGCACCGGGCAGGUCCCAGAGUACGAUAAUGCCGCCCCAUGGGAUGCUCGCCCUUCAGCCUCUCCAAGCCUGUCGGAAGUAGCUCCUCCCAUCGACAGCCUUUCCAUGUCAUCGCCUUCAUCUCAUCUGGCCCCCCCGGCCCCCGACCCGCCUCACCUGCCGCCUCUGGACGUCCCUCGUGACCCGGUGGCAGGAGACAGCAGGAAGGAGCGUUCGAAGAGCCCCCAGAAGGCCGAGCUGCUAAACCCAGAUAUGAUCAGCCAGGGGAGGAGAGCGGCUACGACCGGCGGGAGCAGCAGAGCCAAGAAGGAGGGUGGCAGGUCCACCCACAAGGGGCACAGGGCGCAGCCCACUACUGAGGGGGAAGGGGGCAAAGAGGGGCAGAGCGGGGAGCCCAAACCUUCCAGGAGCACCAGAGGGAGGUCCAAGGAGAGAAACACUGGGGACAACAGAGAAUCCACCCAAUCUCCCAGCGCCUCCAAGCUCCCGCACACUAACGGGAACAGCAGGGAGGAGGCGGACCGUUACAGCGGCGGGCAGCAGGUGGAGUCGGAGCCGAGCAACCCCAGGCCCAGGGAACUGGACAGGGGCCUGGGAGAGAGCCGGCCCAGCCCGCCCAACAAGAGCACCAGCAGCGGCAGCGUGGCGGGGAGGAAGGCCACGGUCUCUCCUGGGCCUUGGAAGAUCCCUGGAUCGGACAAGCUGCCCAGCACGCUGCGCGCCGGCACGUCCACGCUGAGCAGAUAACACCGCGGCCCCACACUCGUCCGAACUCAACCGCCCCAUCCGGAUGAAACUACCAUCCUCACACCUCCCUGUGCUCCUUCACCCCCCUCGAUCCCAUUCUCCCAUAGACCACAGAGUCAAAACCAAGGGGGGCAGGGUGAUCUGGACCACUUGUUUUUAGAGUUUUAUUUAUGAUACUGUACUCUAAAUUAUUUUGAGAAAUAUUUUACACCCACCACCUUAAGAACUGGAAAAUCAUCCACUUUUUAAGAACAAAGGAAAGAGCGAGUCGAAUGUGUGUGUGGCGUGGCGGGGAAUCAUUUGGGGGUUACAAACUCCGAAGAACUGUCUUUUGAGUUCUCCCCAAGCAGAGGCGGGGGACAAACAUGCAAAUCUGAACUGACCGGAAGCAGCUGUCGGUUGCCGUUGGAUUUUUUUUACAUAUAUAUCUUCACAGUGGAGUCUGUUUUAUGAACUGGAAUGUUAGAAAAGAAGGUUUGCCUGUUUUUGACGAGAGCGAAUGGAACAAAGAGUGACAGCGGCGAUGAAAUCUUCUCAUCAACAGAACUUUGCCUUAACAGAGACUGUAUGGGCCUGAAUCUGUCUUGAAUAAUCUAUCAGAUGAUUAUAGACAUAGAUAUAUUAUAAUGAAUAUGAAUAUGUGGGAUCAUUUUGUAAAUAAGAUCAUCUUUAAGUGAACUGAACCUUAGUUGAGCCGAUGGAAAUUCUGGUCCACGCUUAGACGAGCUAACCGGCGCAACGUGGACGAGAACUUCCAGCACGCCGACUUCUCCCUCCUCCGCACUCCCGCUCAGCCCCGCGAUCGCAGUCCAGGGCAUCGGCAGGCCUGCGGCGGUUGGCUGCGUGGCCUGUUUGUCUAUCAGCGGGGGUGUCGCGUCAAUCCAUUCUUCUCAUUUCCGUGCUUAACGAACAAAGCAAUCCACGACGGCGGACGGCGGACGCUGAGAUAAGGAGCUCGCAUGAUACCGACCGAGGGGCAGAGUGCCUUAGACUGACAGAGAGGUUGGCUUUCAAGUCAAAGGUUCAACUCCAAAACACUUCAGAGGGUUCAAAACAGGCUGCUAUACAACAUCAACUUCACAGAUAUGAAUAUAAACAGUAUUUUUUCAGAUACGAGUGUGAUAUGGUGAAAUAUAUAAUUUAUUUCACAGGCUUAUGUAUGAAAAGUAGUCCAUUACCAGAGGUAUUUGAUGGUCCUUAUAUGUGCAAGUGGUUCCUGCUGGGUCAUGAUAGUUUUCAUUCAUAGUUUCUUCAUGAGGUCGGACACUUUCAUGAAGAACUGCUCGUAUGAGACGGUGUCGUCAAACGUCAGCACAGAGCGCCCAAACCAAACCUAACUAGUAAAAUCUGACACUGAAUCAGUCUCGCUUGUCAAAGGCUCCGCUAACGAGCUGCAACCUUAAGGAACGAUUCAGAAACGUUCCUUUUGUUUCCAGAUGGGCUGAGAAGAGGCUGCACCUGUCUCAGCCGCCAUCAGCUGCUGAAUUUGAUUCGUCUUGGCUGAUUCUGUCUCGCCGUGUGAUGUGAGGACGUCUCCAUGCCAAAGCUCCCUGUAGUUUCAUCUGUUUUAGCGCACGCAUACUGUACCUGCCCCAGAAUCUGACUCCUUUUGAAGGCUGUGCACUUCUGCAUAAAUGCACAGGUGUACAUUUUUAUGCAACCUGACAACUGACAAUUCACCAAGCCCCACCCCUCUUAGUUACUGUUGCUAUGCUUAUUCAGAUUUCCAUUCUGGUGCAGCAGUUGUCAACAGGUGACAGAUUUACAACUCAUUCAUGAAACAGUGGGUCCUUUUGUUUCAGACAGAAGUGAACAAAAUCAGCUUCUCGUUUCUAGCUGCCAACUGAUGAUUUUGCCGGCUGAGAUGACAACUGUCACUGGCAGAGUUUAUCAACUGCAGCUAGCUAGCAGCUUAAGCUGACGUUAGCUCUAUGAGCUGGCUGAAAACUGACUUUCUUAAACACACAUUUGACGGCUACAUACAUGAUACUGUGCUAAAAGACUGAGGCUAAAGCUGCAUGAUCUGGGCAAAAGGUUAACAUCUUCACUUGAUCAUUUAGGAGAGAUGGAAAUAAAGAAACAGCAUUGUGUUUGUAUUGCAGGGUAGCGCUAGCUAGUCCUAGUAUUUCAAGUAUGGUAAGUAAAAAUGGAAGAUCAGACUGUUAUAUUAUUCUAGCUUACAAUAACACUGUUUGGCUGUUUAGCUUACAUAAGCUACAUAACGCUAUCUUGGGUAACACUCGCUUCCUGUCGUGUAAACAUACUCAAAUCUAAUAAAGAGCAAGACAGAGCUGCUAACGUUAGCCGGACAUGCUAACGAUUGCAGCUAACAUUAGAGCAGAUAAUCACACAGUUUGAUCCCUCCGUUACACUCGUGCUGUUGUGAUUUUGGUUUUGGGAAGGUUAAAAAAAAGACACCAUUGUUUUUAGCUCGUGAAAUGUCGCGUGAUCCUCGUACUUUAGGCCCACGCACACUUCGUCGGACCUGCCGUGCCGGGUUACAGCUGCUAGCCGUGACUUGCUGCUUUGAGGAAGGGUUUUACGGAAAAAGGUUAAUUUUGAGCUCAGCGAAUCUUUUCAGGGCGUCUGCGCCCUCUCUGCAGAUGUCAAAUUGUGAGUGGUAAUUUCUCGUCUGAAUGAGCCACGAGUCAUAAUACCAGAACAAAAGUUCCCUCUCCUUCCUCUGCUGAGGGAAGUGCAAACAGUGUUUAAAGAAUAGGAGAUCAGAGGGAGACAAGUCAUUAUGCUUGCCAUUGUGAUCCGUAAUUACACGAGGAAUAAGCAGCCUGACUUUAAAGCACAAUCUCACACAGAGUAGUUUGGGAUGUGAAUUAUUAUGUUGGAGAAAAUCACCAGCCGGGCACAAACGGCUCAGCCCUUCAAUCACUUGCAGAUGGUGUGCAGGAACUAUAUCCCCCCCAAAAAAAGGCCCAAACCUAAAUUUUACAAUUGUCAGACUAAAGGUAUCAAACGCUGCCCACGUACCGUAUCUUUCUGCUCAUUUUCUCCUUUAUUUUCUGACUUCUGUUCGAAGCAGAAACAAAAAAAUGUGCGUAUUUUUGCUCAGCCUUUGCACAACUCACUGCUUUCCACAUCUGAGCUGUUUGCAUUGAGCCAAACUGUAAGUAGUUUUCUACAGAAAGCAAAACAACAACAAAAAAAGACAUCUAGAGGGUUUUUUUUGCAAAGUGUGUGUGUUGAAGUAACAGCACGCGCCACACCAUAAACUCCCACCCAAACGGCUCAGUAUCACUGUGUAGUGUUAUAGCAGUGUGUAGACCCUGAACAAAUAACUCUAUAAAUAUGACUCAGUGUACUAUUGAUGGUCACAAAGACUGUAAGUGGAGCGACUAUUUUUAUGAAAUGCAACACUAUGGAUAUAUUAACUUUUGCAAAAAUCUUGUUUACCUGUAUGAUAUUCUGAAACGCUGU